AUGGACGCCGGCGAAUCCCACAAUCAUGAAGCUAAAAUGGAAAUUUCCCUGGACUCGCCCACGAAGAGCUCCCAAGUAUCUACGAAAUAUCCGGACAGUGCGCGACCUACCUACGAGGCACAGUCAGCCCGCGAGGAAGCCCUGCGGCAUGAGUUGGAGAGUGUACGUCAAGUCAACGAUGCGAUCGAAGGAGUAUUGCAGAGUCUAGGGAGGGCCAAGGAAAAUAUGAUGAGCGUCAACAAUACCGUCAAUGCAGCAUCUGCUCUCUUGAAUACAUGGACACGGAUUCUAUCCCAGACAGAGCACAAUCAGAGACUGAUCCUUGAUCCAGCCUGGCAGGGCGCCAGUCAAGACAUUGCAGAUAUUGAGGAGGAGACUCUGAAGAAGCAACGCGCGGCAGAUAGGCGAGAAGUCGAGGAGCAGGAGAGAAGGCUGGCAGCAGCAAGACAGGUUGAAGCGGAAGAGAAGCGCAAAGCUGAAACACACACAAAACAGGCCAAGGUUCCCUCCAGAGGUGGGAGCAGGAUUGGUACGACUACAAGAGGUACAAAAGCAUCUACAUCGUCAUAUGUGCAGAUGGGUGGCUCUGGCACCAAUACAGCCAGCGCUGUCAAAAGAGGGACUUCUUCUACCAGGAGAUCGACGUCCGGAAUUGGGCGAGGUAUCGCUGGUAGAGGCUCCCGUGGCCGGGGCUAG